GCGGGCAAGAUGGCGGCUACUGUGGUUGGUGUGGGUGGGUUAGAGGCAGAGGCAUUGCGGUGAGAGGAACAGCUGAAGGCCCUAUGGUAGAAAACUGAGCGCAAGGACAAGGAAGCUGGGGAGCCAAAGACUAAGCAGCUCAGAGGAGGGGAGCAGGAAGGCGAGAAGCACAGAACUCCACUACUGCUUCUCAGACUGCAGAACUAUGUCCCAGAGGAUGAGGGCGCCCCAGGCCAAACCAGUCAAGAGAAGGUCAAGGAGCAGCUGGGGGCCGCCAAGCCAGAGCCCGUCAAUGGCCACGUGGACCUGGCCAACCCUGCGCCCAGGAAGCCUGACUGGGCCCUUGAGAGCAAUGCAGCCAAGAAGCUGGAGAAGCUGGAAGAACAGACCCAGAGGAUCAUCGCCAGGCUGAUCAAUGAGAGGCCGAAAGGCCAGGAGGACAGUCUGGCCUCUGCAGUGGCCACCAUCAAAUAA